AUGGGUACAGCAGAGCCUGUAUCUUUCCAACAGCAACUCCAACAGAGGGUUGCUUAUUCAGCUCACUUUAGGAGACCUCUCCUUCAUCUAGUGUCCCCUCACGCUGAAGUGAUUUCCACAAAUAAACUUGUUGCAGAAGAUGGUAAUGGAAGAUACCUUAGCCAAUGUGUUCCCCUUUACAAUGCAGCACUGAAAGGUGACUGGAAAAAAGCUACCAUAAUCUUGGACCAAGACUGGAAGCUGCUUACAUCUGCCAUAACAAAGGGGUGGGCCACAGUACUGCACAUAGCAGUGGGAGCAAACCAUGUUCACUUUGUGGAGGAGCUACUAAAGUUAAUGCAACCUGAUGAAUUGGAAUUGCAAGACUUCAAGGGUAACACUGCAUUCUGCUUUGCUGCAGCAGUAGGGAAUGUGCAGAUUGCUGAGAUGAUGGAGAGAAAAAAUGAAUCAUUGCCAACAAUCAGGGGUGGAGGAGCACUCACUCCUCUUCACUUGGCUGUUUUACAGGGAAGAAGUGAAAUGGCGUGGCAUCUGUUCCCUAAAACCAAACAAAUAUUUGAAGAGGUGGACUGGACUUCAAUUUUCUUUAUUUGUAUAAACUGUGGCCUAUACGAUUUAGCCCUGGAAAUGCUAAAGGAAAAAAACACGUUAGCCUAUGCUCGAGGUGAGGACAAUUUGACAGGUUUGCAUGUUUUGGCUCGAACUCCAGGUUGUGGUCGCCAAAGUCUACAUUUCUAUAAGAAGGAAACUCCUCUUCUGAAACUUGUAAAACAAAUGUGGGAUAUAGUUGUUUCCCUGGAUGACCAAAUGAUGAAGCAUACCCUCUCGGAACCAUCUCAUGUAAUAUUUAUUGCUGCAGAAGGUGGGAAUUUUGAAUUUCUAUCCGUGAUCUUGAGCACUCACCAUGAUUUGAUAUGGGAACUAGAUACCAAGGAUCGAAGUAUAAUCCACAUUGCUGUUUUGUAUCGUCAUGCUAGUAUCUUCAAUUUGAUACAUGAAAUCAGCUCUACCAAAGAGAUAAUUUUAACAUUUAAAGAUGAUGAAGGGAACAAUUUACUGCAUCAUGCUGCGCAACAAGCAUCACCAGAUCGACUUAAUAUGGUUUCUGGAGCAGCUCUUCAAAUGAUGUUUGAGUUAACAUGGUUUGAGGAGGUGAAGAAGAUAAUGCCACUGUCCUCCAUAGAGGAACCAAAUUCUAGCAGCAUUACUCCUCGCCAACUAUUCACCACGGAGCAUAAAGAAUUGCUGGAGAAAGGAGAGUCUUGGAUGAAGAGAACUGCAAAGUCUUGCAUGGUCGUUUCAACUCUGAUUACUACUGGAGUUUUCACUGCUGCAUUCAGUGUUCCAGGUGGUAUUGACGAGGACAAUGGUGGAAGUCCCAAUGACUUGCAGAAACCAGCAUUCUUGGUAUUUGCAUUAUCAAAUUCCAUUGCCUUCAUCACAUCAUCAAGUUCAAUCCUAAUCUUCUUGUCCAUUCUAAUCUCUCGAUAUGCGGAGGAUGAUUUUCUCACCUCACUGCCCUUAAAGCUUCUGUGUGGUCUUCUGUCACUUUUCAUUUCCAUAGUUAGCAUGAUGGUAGCAUUCAGUAGUGGCUUCUUCGUAACAUAUUACCAUGGUGUGAAGUGGGUUCCUAACCUCAUUUCUGCACUUGCUUUUGUACCAAUUCCUGUGUUUACAUUCUUACAGUUUCGCCUCUGGUCCGACAUCGUGUAUUCAGCUUACAUAUGUAGUUUUCUAUUCAGACCAAGUAAACGUAUGAUUCACUAG